AUGUCGGACAAUCGCGGAAACCGAGGCCGCGGCAAUUACCGCGGCGGCGGCGGCGGCGAUCGUGGAGGUGAUAGGGGCGGGAGAGGAGGCGGCGGCAGAGGCCGUGGCGAUGUCCCCUAUCAGGGCAGCUUUCCCCUUUCGCAUCGAGGUGGUCGUCCUGACUACCAAGGAGGCGGUCGAGGCGGUCGAGGCGGAUCCCACCAAGGUGAUCAAGGUGGUUUCUACCAAGGCGGCGGCCGAGGUCGAGGUGGACCUUACCAAGGUGAUGGCGGAGGUCGCGGCCGAGGAGGAGGCCGAGGUCGAGGCGAUGGCGGCUUCAGAGGUGGAAGAGCGCCCCCCAAGUUUUUCAGUGCACCGAACCAGAGUCCGGUGCCGGAUCCAAAGAUUGAGCAGCUCGAGAACGCCAUCGUCAAGGUCCAGUCUGAAGAGCUGGCCCAGCGCGUGAAAAAGCUCGUCAAGGGCCCCAAGGCUGCGGCUUCGGUCAGAACCGAGUUUGGCGAGCAUCUCCCUGCCCGCCCUGCCUUUGGCGACCUGGGUCGUGCCACUGUCGUCUACGCCAACAGCUUCGAUGUGGCUGUCAAGUCCAUCACCGUGCAAAGGUACGGCCUCAACAUCAGCAAGGUCGCCGCCGCCGCCGCCGAGAACCAGAAGAGCAAACAAGGGGCCGCCAACCCGGCGUCCGAGAUUCGCGGCAGGAAGCUGCAGCUCGUCAUCCAGGCUCUCCUCAAAGUCAUCGCCGACAUGCCCGAGCCGGCCCUUCAUGAGGCCAAAGCCAAGCUCGAGCAGGCUAAGCAGGACCAGACGGAGGCGCAGAAGACGCGCGAUAAGGACGCUAUCGCCGCGGCCAAGGACAUAGUCAAGAAGGCCACGGACGUCCACAAGGCGGCUGCGGCGGCUGCGGCGAACAAUAAAAUCGUCGUCAGCGAGUUCAAGAGCGCCGUCGUUUCCCAGGAGCCGCUGCUCUUGACCCAGAAUCCUGUUCGCGUGGUUCUGUCUGAAGAAGCUCUUGAGGAUGGAGCCCCUCCUCGCCAGGAGCUGUUUGACGUUGAGCUCACGAAGCCGGUUACCUUGAACUUGCUGGACGUCAACAAACACGUUGAUACCAUGGUAGUCGACAGGGACGACUCGGUAUUCCCUCGCCAUCCGGAAGUGAUGGAUGUCAUCAACAUGAUCCUUGGGUUCUACGCGCGAUCUAACAUGGACCGUGUUAGUGCUGUUGGAUCCUCUAGGUUCUACCCGCUCGAUGAUGCUCACAUGUCAUUACUCAUGAGGGACGGUCGGCCCCUGAUUGCAUCCAGAGGCUUCUUCCAAUCUGCUCGUCUCGCAACGGGCAGGCUUCUCCUCAACACACAUGUUACUCAUGGUGUGUUCAAAUUCGCUUCAAAAGGCGUGGAAUUUUGCAAGAAACUGGGCCUUCGGCCCCUUUUGGCGAGCGAAGUAGGCCAAAAUCGCAACAUCAGACAUCAGGACCUCAAGGCCAUUUCGAAGUGCCUCAGCAAGGUUCGGGCGUCCGUUACUUUCAGAGUUAUGACCGAAAAUGCGGGUAAACGUGUGGUCAAGCGUGAGGUCCAGCGUGUCAAGAUUCUCGAGGGCCUAGUUCUAGGGUCCGAGAUGACCAAGAAGCGCAGCAACAAGGGACCCAAUGCAGUUCGGUUCAAGCCCGGCGUGGAGAUCUGUGGCCCGGAGCACGUUUCGUUUUGGAAUGAAAAGGAGAAAAAGUAUGUGACCGUCCAGGAGCAUUUCAAGACGACUUACGGAAUUGAGCUGGGUAAGUACCCGCUCUUCAACUUCAGCCACGGCGAUAAGAGCUCCUACUUCCCUGCCGAAAUGGUUGAAAUCCUGCCGGGCCAGCAGGCCAAGCUCAAGUUGAGAGCAAAUGAGACGACUGAUAUGCUCAACUUUGCCUGCCAGCCGCCACACAUCAAUGCCCAAACCCUGGUCGACGAGACUCGUCCAUGCUUGGGCCAUGAUGGGCCUCUCCUAAAGCAGCUUGGCAUGUCUGUUUCACCAAAGCUUCUUGCUGUGCAGGCUAGAAUCUUGAGCCAGGUGCAGGUACAGUACGGCAAGGGGUUGAAGCCUAGGAUCAACUCUGGAAGCUGGAACAUGAAAGACACUGCCGUCACCCGAUCCGGCAAGAUGAUUCAAACUUGGGCGUACCUCGAUCUCGUGCGGUACGACACGGAGCAGAGUGUCGAUCAUGGAAAAGUUGGAGACUUGCUUAAUGCAUGGCGCGGAAUGGGCAUCGACAUCAAGGGCGGUCCUCCGGCAGUGCAAGGCAAGCUUGACCAGUUUGUUGCCCCGGACAGGUUGGAAGAUUUCUUUAAAAAAUGCAAGGCAGAGCACGUGCAGCUCAUCCUCAUCAUCCUUCCCCAGAAGGACUCUGGCGCGUUGUAUAACCGCAUCAAGACCCUCGGCGAUUGCAUCUACGGCAUCCACACCAGCUGCAUGGUUCGUAAGCAGGUCGAAGGAGGGUCGUUGGGAACAUACGCAAACCUCGGCCUCAAGGUCAACCUCAAGUUUGGCGGCGUCAACCAGAAGCUGAGCAAUGACAUUGACAUUUUGCGCGACGGAAGUACCAUGUUCGUUGGCUACGACGUCACACAUCCCACCAACAUGGAGGUCCCCAAGAACGCCGCCAACCCUCCUAGUCUGGUCGGCCUGGUCUCGAGCAUCGACAGUGAGCUCGGCCAGUGGCCCUCGGUCACCUGGGAACAAAGCUCCAGGCAGGAAAUCCUUGGCUCCGUGCUGGAGAGCCACUUCGCCGGGCGCAUCAGCCUUUGGCAGAAGAAGAAUCCCAAGAAGCAGCUCCGCAACAUCGUCAUCUACCGCGACGGCGUCUCCGAGAGCCAGUUCUCCACGGUGCUCACCCACGAGCUGCCGAUGAUCCGGCAGGCGUGCGAGAAGAAGUUCCCCGGCAACCCGCCCUCGCUGACCAUCAUCGUGGCCGUAAAGCGGCACCAGACGCGCUUCUUCCCCGCCAACGACGACAACCUGAGCGCCUCGAGCAACGUGCGCAACGGCACCGUCGUCGACCGCGGCGUCACCCAGGUGCGCUACUGGGACUUUUACCUGACGGCACACCACGCGCUCAAGGGCACCGCCCGCCCCGCGCGCUACACGGUGCUGCUCGACGAGAUCUUCCGCCCGCGCUACGGCGUCCGCGCGGCCAACGAGCUGGAGAAGCUGACCCACGAGCUGUGUUACCUGUUUGGACGCGCCACCAUGGCGGUCAGCAUCUGCCCACCGGCGUACUACGCGGACCUGGUGUGCGAGCGCGCCAGGGCGCACCGCCCGGAGUACGCGGGCGUGGAUGACUCGGCGAGCGAGAAGUCGGGCUCGACGGGCCUCGGACCGGUGCAGUCGCGUGAGAUUCACGAGAACCUGCGCGACAGCAUGUUUUAUAUUUGA